GCACCUUAUCAUUUCAUCCGGGCAUUCACCAGAAAGAAAAGAAAGAUGUCGCGGCGUGCAGAAGGCCAGCUUUUUAUCGGUAGAUUAAGUAAAUCUACCAGGGUAAGAGACAUGGAAGAUGUUUUUGAACCAUAUGGACGAAUGACUAGAUGUGAAGUGAAAUAUGGUGCUGAAAUGGCUUAUGGAUUUGUUGAUUAUGAAGAUCGCAGAGAUGCAGAGGAUGCAAUUAAAUAUGAAAAUGGUAGAGAGAUAUGUGGCUCAAGUAUUAUUGUGGAAUGGUCUAAAGGCAGUCCUCGUCGCCCUGUUGUCAGUAGGCAACAAGGCUAUGAUGAGUGUUACAGAUGUCACAGAACAGGUCACUGGGCCAGAGAUUGUCCUGACGAUCGGUAUUAUGGUUUCCGUAGACCUGGUGGCAGGAAUGGUGGUGGUGGCGGAGGAGGAGGUGGGGGUGGUGGUGGGGGUGGCAGAUAUAGAUCACCAUCACCCAGGAGAAGGAGAAGAUCCCGAUCAAGGUCCAGAGACAGGAAGAGGAGAUCAUCUCGUAGUCGCUCACGCAGCAGACAUAGGUCAGGAUCAAGAAGCAGCAGAGAUCGUAGUCAUGACAGCAAAAGGAGGAGAAGUUCAAAGAAGAGCGAAUCUCGUAGUAAAUCCAGAUCCAAAAGUAAAAGCAGGUCUAAAUCCCAUAGCCGGUCUAGAAGUAGGUCACCUCUUGAGAAUGUCAACAAUGGUGGAGAAGAUAGGUCACCCUCAAGAUCAAGGUCACGGAGUAGAAGCAGGUCAAAGAGUGUUGCGUCAAAUAGAUGAUUUUAUUUGGAAUAGUUGUGAAUGUUACAAUCUUCGAAGUACAGAGAUGAAAUGUGAAAUUUUCUAUGUUUUAAACACAAACAGUACAAAGAUGUGCAGACUGUUGUUUUUAUUAUUAUGUAAAUACAUAUCUUUUAGAAC